AAAUUUACUGUUGGGAUAGACACAUCCAUGGCCGACUCUACUAGAGUAGAGUCCGCCAUGGUACAUCUGUUUUUUAUGGUCCCGUCCUACUGUUGAAGGAAAUAUCCAUCUGGCAACACUGUCUGGUCUGCGGUUGGUAUUGUGCAUUGUAUUGUGGUUGGUAUUCCUGCCCCCUCCCCCCUGCCUGCAUGAAAGAAACUUUCUGGAAAAGUCGACAUCUUGUUUCUUUUGUAUAAUCAAUACAAAAGUUAAUUUGUUGCAAAAAUUGUUCCAUUUUGUUCUGUUUUGCGCUAGAAGCAAAAUGGCUGAAGAUUUGGACGUCGAAGCAAUGCUGGAAGCUCCCUUCAAAAAGGAUACUUAUGAGGUUUAUUUCGGCCUAUCUCGGCUCCAACAAUAUACAGGGCUGCCGAGGUACAGGACGUCCCCAAUCACAACCUAUGCUACACAGCUUCAUACCAAUCACCCGAUUGGUAGAUCAGUGCACAUAUUCAAUCUUGAGGUGGAGAUUCGGAAAAUGUGAAAGAAUAAAAAAAGUUUUGUUCCUGCUCAAGUAAAUCUGCUUCAUGGUAUUUGUUAAGUCAGCAGCACGGAUGAGCUGAACAGCAGGCAUCGAGAGAAUGGAGAUGUUAGCAGGCAUCGUUCUUCUGACGGAAGUAAGAAACGUAGCCGCAGUCGUAGCGGCAGCCGAUCGAGGACAUCCCGCCGCGGCAGCCCCAAGAAUGGCGGUCGCAGGAGCGGCAGCAGAAGCAAACGGAGCCUGAGCAGAGGAAAACGGAGCGUUAGCAAAGGAAGAAGAAGCACCAGCAGAAGGAGGAGCACCAGCAGAAGAAGGAGUACGAGCAGAUCGAGAAGAAGCAGAUCAAGGGAGAGGAAGCGCGACAAAGACAAGAAACGCGCAAGCAGCCGGUCGCCUGACAGAAAACGCAGGCCGAGCAGCAGAUCGCCGCCCCCGCGUGUACGAGGCAGAAGCCGAGAGAGGGGGCGUGGAGGCAGGAGCAGUCGAAGCAGAGAUAGAGAUAGAGGAAGUAGCAUCAAACGGAGGAGUAGCAAGAGCAGGGAACCGAGGAGAGCUAGUCCUCCACUGCCCAUACCGAGAAGGAGAUCACCGACGCCGCCCCCAGUCUCUAAGCCGCCAUUUGGGAAAAGAGGUCGAUCUCCGCCGCCGGGAAUUCGCAGCGGAUCUCCUUUAGAGGAACUGAGUCCUGAAGAACGAGAUGCCAGGACCGUGUUUGUGAUGCAACUCUCUCAAAGGAUACGAGCUCGUGACCUAGAAGAGUUUUUCAGUUCAGUGGGUAAAGUCAGAGAUGUCAGAAUGAUCGUUUGCAACAAGACCAGGCGAUUUAAAGGCAUUGCCUACAUAGAGUUUAAGGAUCCGGAAAGCGUCGCUUUGGCGCUAGGUCUAUCUGGCCAAAAAUUGCUGGGCAUUCCCAUCAUAGUGCAGCACACUCAAGCUGAGAAGAAUCGAAUGGGAAAUUCGAUGCCCAUGAUGAUGCCCAAAGGCAUGACUGGACCAAUGCGAUUGUACGUUGGAUCGCUGCAUUUCAACAUCACUGAAGAUAUGCUCAGGGGUAUUUUUGAGCCAUUUGGUAAGAUUGAGAACAUCCAGUUGAUUAUGGAUCCGGAAACAGGGAGGUCUAAAGGAUAUGGCUUCAUUACAUUUCGUAACUGUGACGAUGCAAAGAAAGCCCUUGAACAGUUGAACGGGUUCGAGUUGGCCGGCAGGCCAAUGAAGGUGGGUAACGUGACGGAACGGUUGGACUUGCAACAACAAGGACCGUCUUUAUUGGACUCGGACGAAUUGGACAGGUCGGGCAUCGACCUGGGAGCCACCGGUCGGUUACAGUUGAUGUUCAAACUAGCUGAAGGAGCUGGCAUGCAGGUAAGGGAUUUUUCAUUUUAUUUUCAUCAUUAUCGAUCAAAGGUACCCCCAGCUGCUGCCAAUGCCUUGAGUAUAGCCACAGGACAGCCAGUUGUUCUUCCGCAGGUGCAACAACAAGCAGCCCCACCAAUUGCCACCCAGUGUUUUAUGUUGAGCAAUAUGUUUGACCCGGUCACGGAAUCGAACGCGAACUGGGACAUCGAGAUCCGCGACGACGUAAUAGAGGAAUGCAACAAGCACGGCGGUGUGCUGCACGUGUACGUCGACAAGGGCAGUCCGCAAGGCAACGUGUACGUGAAGUGCCCUUCGAUCGCCACUGCGGUGGCAUCUGUAAACACGCUACACGGCCGAUGGUUCGCCGGAAGGGUGAUCACGGCUGCUUACGUGCCGUUGCUGAACUACCAUUCGUUGUUCCCUGACGCGAUGACAGCCGCUCAAUUGCUGUUACCGUCGUCAAAGAAGUAGUGAUGUUGUGUGAUACAGAAUUAAUUGUGAGUGCGAGUGAGUGUGUAAACUGUGCGGAGUCAGGUCUGACGUAUAUGGGUGCUGUUGGAAUCAUUUGAGUAUCAUUGAUUAAUUCAUACCUACCUGAAGAGAGCCAGCUAUGUACUGUAUCCCGGCGUCCACAAAGGGACCUGAAAGAUACUAGCACCAUUUAGACAUCUACUUUAAAAAGAGUUAAUGUUUAGUUCUGCCACUGUCUCAUAGAUGGCGCUUGAAUCUUCAAACCCUUUUGACGCCUCCCUAAUGUCUGUUUCAAUUGGGUAUCUUCAAGAAUUGAUUAAUUUAUCCCAUCUGAAAAUGUAAGAAACAUUGUUUUGAUUGCCGUUUUUUAACACUUGCUGAAUUGCCUUUACUUAAAAUAGGCAUUAUAGAGACGCCAAAAAGGGUCUGAAUAUCCUAGCGCCAUAUACGCCAAUAAGUACCACGACAAACUUGAGAAGAAGGUAGUCUUUGGACUGACCUCGCAAAUAACAAAAACUUACCUAUAUAAAAGUGUCACUGUUUUUGAGAUAUUGAAUUUUUUCUUAAAUUUAAAAUACCUAAACUUUUCAUCUGUGGUCUUUAGCUGCAUGUACAAAUAAGGUUAUACUUUGUUCAUUUUUUCUAUAAAAUACUUCUAGAUAGUUGCUUUAUCAUAUACAAAUGCAAUGUAGUUAAAAGAUAUUAAGGAACGAGUGCAACAAGCUUCAAACUUUAGCAUGGAGAAGACUGCAGGGGAACCUCAUAGAAACAUUUAAGAUAAUAAAAGGACAUUAUACAUGUCACAUACACAUCUUCAAUUUAUCGACUCAUCAUCAACUUAUGGUGCAUCAACAUAAAUUAUAUAAGGAAAGGUGUGCCAAACAACAGAAUUUUUUUAUUAAACGGGUGGCUUACAUUUGGAAUCGGCUAAGCUAAAAUACUUCAAAUGCUCCAUCGAUAACGCAAAUUGAAUUCCGUCUAGAUACAGGGAUGGUCCGAUGGCAACAUUCAUUUCUUCUUUGCACAAUGUAAUAUUUAAUCAUGACUUUUGUUUCAUAAUAUGGAUAGUUGCAUCUUGUCUAAUCAUAUUAGCAAAUUUCCCCGAAAUAAUUGUAAAGUCUGUUGCAAGUUGUCCAAGGAGGUAUUUAAAACAUGGACGUAUAAAAUGGGUACACCAAUUUUUGUGGGAAAACUUUUUAAUUGACAACAAAGAAUGAGAAAACGUGUUUUUUGGGAUUUAAUUGAAAGUUUUGACAGGAACGCCAAAACUUUUCAUAUAAGAUUUUUAGGUAUUUAUGAGACCACACAAAAAGAUCCGACUAAUAGCAAAAAUGUUAUGUUACAAAUUCAAACAUUUCGUAUUUGUGAGUAAUUGAACAAAUGCGCUACGAUAUUCGAAAAACAUACGUUACUAUACACAUUUUAAAACGAAGAGGAUGUCUAUCAUCUUUUAUUGCGCUUUACGCACAAAUACGAAAUGAUUGAAUUUGUUUAGAAGAAAAAACCUAACCCACCCUUUUCUUGCAUAAAAAUAACAUUUAUCUUCCGAAAUGGUUUGCGAUUCAUAUCGGCAAGGUGAACUUACAAGUGUAUUUUGCUAUUAAAUGCUCUUUGAAUGAACCCUGUAUAUUGCUCAAUAAACUAGUAGUGAUGGCCGGAAAACAGGUGUUUUGGGACAUACAAUAGGAAAUUCUCAAAAACUGCUUGAUCAAUCUACUCCAACUUUGUUGUGGUUCUUUUGAAGUAAGAAUCCUAUGAAUUUGAAGAAUUUCAAUUAUCUGCGAGAAACCAUCGUUGCAUUACCAAGUGCCAAAACUCUUAUAUGAAGUGUUUUUCCUUUCUUGCCAACACCUUCAAUUGAAUCCUAAAAAAAUGUUUUCUCAUUCUUUGUUGUCAAUUAAAAAGUUUUUCCACAAAAAUUGGUGUGCCCAUUUUAUGCGUCCAUGUUUUGAAUACCCCCUUGAACAACUUGUAGUAAUAAAACGAGACUUUGCAAUUAUUUCUCAAACCAGGGGUGUUCUCGUCUAAUAUGAUUAGACUAAUCGGAUAUUGUCCACUCACUAUUAUAUAUUCAAUAAUAAUAUUUAAUAGUCAUUGGCUAUCUUCAGGUAGUUAGUAUAUGCUAAUCAAUGCUUGAGUUAAUUUUGGGAUCGAUAACGAAGCUGUAGUGUGGGUGCGACAAUGUUGGAAAUAUUUUUUGCGGAUUAAUACAAUGUACUGGGAAUGGGUGAGCACUUUUUAAAAAAUGUUUCAUUUGUUCAAAUUCUCUUAUAUCAUGCAAAUGUAUUUUUUCUUGAUAUUGAACUCGUAAGACAAAGUACUUGUCGCCAUGCAGCACCUGUAAUUUUGAGCAUUUCUAAAGGCUCUUCGCCAGAUUGGCGCGAAUUUAUAUCCGUAUUGCAUAUAUUGUUUUAAGUUGGUUCCAACAGAAAAUCUCCAUUAUUACAGGAAACUUUCUACGAGUAUUACUACUUGAUCCGCUAAAAGUUGCGUAUAUUGAGUCAAAAAAAGAUCAUUUAUAUGAUUUAAUAUUGUGUUGUACACAGGUUGUUCAAGGGACAGAUGGAAAUUAAAGACACGACAAUUUAACGCAUACACAAUUUCUGGUUUUCACAUAAUUUCUUGUGUUAUGCAUUCCAACUGUCUACUGGCGAUCAAACAUCCCAUUUAAACCAUUUACAUGAUGCUUUUUUUAUAAUUUGGGUGAACAUGCAGCUAAGAAAAUUUAACAGCUCUUUAUAAAGCUUUAAAGUAUGUUCAAAUAGUUGCAGUUUUAAGAGUCAUGUGUUAUGAGCCUUCAUUCUCUAUGUUUAUGAACAUUGUGAAACACUUGAUGGUUAUUUCUAUUUAACAUUAAAUUUGUUUUUAUAUCUGACUGACAGCACCAACUGUUAUAAUAAAUUCCUGAAAUGUGGUUUGUAAUUUUAGUCUUGCAAAAGCUUGCUGGCCUAAAACGUUUUUUCCACACGUAUGAGAGCCGCUUUCCAGUGCUUUUGAAUUGAUAGUUGUAUGCACCCGGAGUGUGACGCUCCGGAACUGCUCUAACAAAUAUGCACGGGAACGCAAGGAUAAAAACCUAACCUGUUUUUUAAUGGUAUUUGACGUUGAAAGUAUCGUUUGCUUGGAAUUACAAAGUUUUAAGUGCGAAGAAGUAAACUUUUCACUAUAGCGGUUUGAAAAUUUGGACAUGCUUAUCUAUGUCUUAAGUUAGAGUUGUGAUGCUUUCAAAUAUAACAGAAAAUACAUAAACAAACAUUUUUUACUAAUAUUUUUUAUUUUUUUUUCUUAUUUUGAAAGAUACGAUGACGUCCAUUAAAAUGGACAUUGGGUCUUCACCUAUACAAAAAUGCUAGGUUGAAUUCCUAGACCAGUAGAUGCCAAAAGUACAGAUUUUAGGUCAUACCAUUGUACAACCACUAUUUCGCCAUCUUGCCUUACAAUUUGUUCCGAGCUACCUCUACCUAUCUUGGUCAUCAUUUUGUCUGAAGUUAAAUGUGCUGCCGUUGGUACACGAGAUUUCAUAAUCGUAGUACAAUAUUUUUUUGUUGGCGAAGAUAUUCAAGAAGUGGUAUUGUCGUAAAAUAUCUAUCGCAAUACACAUGAGUUCCAGGAAAUAAUGUUCUUCCAAGACGAGCAACAGCAGAAGUCCAACACCAAGUCGUUUUACAGAAUCAUCUGGAAACGUAUUUUUGCCUUGAUAUAGUUCAAAGUCUAGGACAAGACCACCAGGAGCAGCAACAACAACAUUUUUCAAUCCCUCUGGAUUGGGUUUUCCCCUAACGAACUGCUUCAUUUGACAAGAUCCUGUGAAUAGUAUCAUCUGCUCAUCCACAGCGACUACUUUCUCUCUGGGUAGCUGCCAACACCCCUGCAAUACUGCUUCUAAAAUCGGACGCACUUUUCAAAAUUUGUCAGACCUGCGUUACUUUGAGGUUACUUUUUAUAGAAAAAAACCUAUCUCGAGUCAUAACAUCCGCAAUAGCUGCAACCCGCGUGGGUUUUCCCCAGUACAUUCUGAUUCUAGGAUAUUUUAGGCAGGACAUUAAAUAAACUAUUCCAAAGAAAUUUUUAAUCUCAUUAAGUGUCAAUCUAAGGGAUACUCCUUUAAGUUCAACAUGCCUUCCAUUUGUGCUAUCACAUACUUUUUGGAACAUAUCAUCUUCUAAGUACAUGGCUAAAUACGAUUUUGCAGUCCAACCAUCGCGAAGCUGUGCGCUGCAUUCACUAGAGGGACCUUCAAAAUUUGGAGGUGUAAAAUAUCAUUUCUUCUCCAAAACUGUCGCUGCGAAGGAUUGGAAGUUUCUUUGGCCGUUCUUAACUUUUCUCUAAGGACACUAAGAGGAAUUCUGUCCUGUUCUUCCUCGUCACUGCUGCUCUGCAGUUCUUCAUCAAUUAUUUCGUCUUCUCUCUCUACUAAAUUAUCCAUAUUUUCAUUUUCAUCAUCAGACAUUUCAACGUCAGAAUCAUCGUUUGCAAUGAGUUGUAGUAUUUGCUCCAAUUUUUCGUCAUCUUUCCCUGGCCUAAGCACUCUUUUGUUGCCAAAAAUUGCUGAAUAAAUUAAAAAUAUCCGUGAGAUAGACCCAAUGUCCAUUUAAAUGGACGCAAAUAAUUUAGGCUAAUACAAAGGUUAUUUAAAAUUUUAAUUAUUAAAAGGCUGUUUAAAUUUAUCUAUCAAACAAUAACAAAUAUAUAUUCCCACAAAAAUCAGCACAUAAUGUUAAAAAAUAGGUUACAUACCAUAAAAACGAGAAUUACGUGCAGCUGCCAUCACAACAUUCACGGCGCAGGUGCGCGACUAGUCGGCCGAAUCGGACUAGGCGUCAGCACGUAAGUGUCCAUCGUAGUCUCUUUUAUCCUUCCAUUUUGCUGCUAUGACUUUACUGUUGCUUUCUUUUACCACCAAAUCUCCUUUUUUAAGCUUUGCAUGCGUUAUAACAUUGCGAUUGUACUUUCUCUGCUUUCUAAGAGUACCUAGUAAAUGGGUAUUUUUGUCAAGGAGCUCAUGUGCUAAACUUAAACUAGUUUAGAAAUCUGUACAAAGGAUGCGACCCGUGUACAAAAGUGGUUCCAUGAGUUGUAAUACUACUCUAGUUCCAAGUGUUGUCUCCUUUGGAGUUUCUUCUUUUCCAGCAUAAGUUUUUAUAUUACAAGUAUAGCCUUGUUCACUACAUAGUUUGAAUAAUUUAAUUCCAUACUUAUGGCGUUUUCCUGGAAUAUAUUGCCGAAAACUAAGUCGGCCUCGGAAAGGAAUUAUCGUUUCGUCGAUUUUUGACAGGGGCAUGCGCUUUGAAAGUUUUUGAUUAUCAGUGCCUCUAAAGGUGCCUUUUUUAUAUAUAAGUUUCUUGUACAAUAAGUGUCAAAACAUUGUGGUUAACAAAUAAUUUAUAAAAAUCAAUCGGAUCGUUGCCUCCUCUAUUUGAAAGAAAAAUUUGAGAAAAUGCUGGAUUUUCUGUAAAUGGAAAUGUCUUCAAAUUUCCUAAAAAAAUCCCAAAAAAUUAAAUCUCUAAAUACUAAAUUAUUGGAUUCGGAUCGAUCACAAUCUUGACUAGGUUGAAGUUCAAUCUUUUGCUUUUUUCUGUCACUUUAAUUUUCAACAUCAGACUACGAAGAUAACGACGAUCCUUCAUACUUUGGAUCAGUCACUGAAUCAUCUUUAUCCUCACUAUAUUCAUAUUUAAUGUCACUCAUAUUGUCUACAUAAUACUGUAAUUCAGCCUGAGUUAUUUUUUUUGCGACAUUCUGGUGUUAAAAUUGAAACACACUUGAUCAGAUUAAAUUAGCAAAACAAUUCACACUGUUACCCAAUGUAAACAAGCUAUGCGCACAUGACACGUAAAUGACAUUACCAAAGAAAUAUAUUUGUCUUUGAUGACAAUGCGAUUUACUGACAAACUGAACUAACUGUUAUCUGCAUUUAAAUGCAGAGAGAUCGUGACCAUUGAGUGUACACAGCUAAUAAAACGAUACGACUUCUUGUGGCCAUAUAUGGGCUCGCAGUUUCUCGUGAAUAUCAUGUGUGUACCCGUUUUGGCACACACAGUAGCCAAAGUGUUUUAAUCUUAAUUGUGAUAUUUUCACAAAACAAUAAUGAUUUAAGAUUAUUAGAAAUAUGUAUAUAUAUAUAUAUACAGGUUUCAGAUAAUGAUUGUAGAAGGAAGAUAAACCAAAAUAUGU